CCAAGUCCGGCGGUGCUGCUACUGCCGCCUCUGAUGCUUCUGCUGCUGCCGGCGACCCUUGCUCACGUCUCCCCCGAUUAUCAGUACUUCGGCGAGCAGGGUGAAGGUGAUACCUGGGAGCAGCUGCGACUGCUGCAUCAGGAGAAAGAACUGGAGGACUCCAUCCUUGGCCCAUGGGGAAAAUGGCACUGUCAAUGCGACCUGGGAAAGCAGGAGCGCAGCCGAGAAAUACUGGGCACCACUCCAGGCCCAGUGUUCAUGGACCGAGAGAAGCUGGUGCAGGUGCAGCCCUGCCGGCAACAGGAUUGUCCAUCUUGCAAGCCUAUCAACUGCAACUGAAGGCCCUGAACCCUGGCCCCAUGGUAUAUGCUAUCUGUUAUUGCCCCCUGUCGCAUCUGGCAGAUUUGGAGGCUCUGAAAGUGGCAGAUUCAAAGACCCUGUCAGAGAACGAGCGGGACAGGCUUUUUGCGAAAAUGGAGGAGGACCGAGACUUUGUGGGUUGGGCACUGGAUGUACUCUCUCCAAACCUCAUCUCUACCAGCAUGCUUGGGAGGGUCAAAUACAAUCUGAACUCCCUGUCCCAUGAUACAGCUGCUGGGCUGGUGCAGUAUGCCUUGGACCAGGGUGUGAAAGUCACCCAGGUAUUCGUGGACACUGUGGGAAUGCCAGAGAAGUACCAGGAGCGACUGCAGGAGCAUUUUCCUGGCAUUGAGGUGACAGUCAAGGCAAAGGCAGAUGCCCUCUACCCUGUGGUUAGCGCUGCUAGCAUUUGUGCCAAGGUGGCUCGAGACCAGGCUGUGAAGAACUGGCAAUUUGUGGAAAAAUUUCAGGACUUGGACACAGAUUAUGGCUCAGGCUAUCCCAAUGAUCCCAAGACAAAAGUCUGGUUGAAGAAGCACGUGGAGCCUGUGUUUGGCUUCCCUCAGUUUGUCCGGUUCAGUUGGCGCACAGCGCAGAGCAUCCUGGAAAAGGAGGCAGAGGAUGUUAUGUGGGAGGACUUGCCAACAGGGGAUCAGGAGGGACUUGGGAGGAUCACAUCCUACUUCAAUGAAGGCCCCCGAACUCGUCCUCGCCUCCCCCACCGGUUCUUCCAGGAGCGCUGCCUAGAGUCGGCCACCACUCUAUAGUAGUCACCUUAUACCCCUUUUCUCUGCCCACAAUUCAUGAUUAAAAUUGUUUAAA